CCACGGUGGUGAGCAAAGAUUACAUUUGACACGUGAUUCGUGGUAUGACACGUGAUUCAUUAGCCACGCUCAUUACCAUCUGAUUAUAUCACUAGGAUAUCCAAUUUAUGAUCAGAAGGGACAGAAGUAUAUCGGAUAUAUUAUCAAGAGCGACCAGAGAAAGAAUCGUCACUCUUGUUAAUGCUCUACGAUGGAGUGGUUGCCGGAACUAAAUACCAGUAAUGGAUUCGCCGAAAUAGACAUGCUAUCGAGUAGGCACACUACUGACAUCGCUAACGCAAUCACGGAAAUAAAUGGUAGUUUAAUCCCGAGUGGGAGUCACGUGGUUUACAGUAGCGUUGAACCGGAAUUAGGAAAUGUGUUCACGAUGUACCAAACAACGGUGCCCAAUACCACGAUUGGGUUGGACGAGAUCCCGGCUUUGCCGCCAACUCUGUUUAUUGUCCUAUCUACGCUUGCACUUAGCAUGGUCGUAAUAUUGACUAUUGUUGGGAACGUACUGGUUUUAUUAGCUGUGGCAAUGGAACGAUCUCUCCGAUCUGUCACCCAUUAUUUUAUCGUUAACUUAGCAGUUGCCGAUCUGUUGCUUGGGACAACAGUUUUACCAUUCUCAGCAACCUAUGAAAUAAUACCGUAUUGGCCGUUUGGACCCGCUUUCUGCGAUGUAUGGGCGGCGGUAGAUGUACUGUGUUGCACUGCCUCUAUCAACAGUCUGUGUGUGAUCAGCAUAGAUCGAUAUAUUGGGGUGACACGUCCGCUGCAGCAUAAUAUGAUAAUGACGAAAAAACGAGCUGCCAUAGUAAUGGCACUGGUUUGGAUCUUUUCCGUAGCUAUAUCGGCCGGACCUUUAUUUGGUUGGAGACCCCCUACAAAGGAUCCUAAUAUAUGUCCUCUCACAGACUCACUCGACUAUGUUUUGUUCUCAGUUGCUGGGUCAUUCUACAUUCCAUUAAUAAUUAUAUUGGUCCUCUACUACCGCAUUUACAGGGAAGCCAUUAUUCAGACCCGGAGUCUCAUGGCAGGAGAGAAAAGCACCGGGAAAGGUAAAAAUGACAUAACGCUGAGAAUUCACACCGCCCAGCCAAGAACAAUAAACAACGCUAGGAAAAAUAGGAGCAAGUCGCAGACUACAGGUCUCACUCAGAAACUACAGCGGUUUAAUAAGGAGAAAAAGGCGGCAAAAACGUUAGGAAUUGUGGUCGGAGUAUUCAUCGUCUGCUGGCUUCCAUUUUUUAUGCUACUGCCAAUCACUUCCAUCUGCGGAAAAUCGUGCUUCCCACCGGAGUUGGUUUUUAAAAUAGCAUUCUGGUUAGGAUAUUGCAAUAGCUGCCUGAAUCCCAUUAUUUACGCGCUAUCGAACAGAUCGUUUAAAAGAGCCUUCAAGAGAAUCCUCACAUGCCAAUAUGGACGACGGAAGCGCCGCUUGAUGUAUCGCGACCAUUAUCUACGAACCUCCGGUAAAAACCUUAUUCAAUAUCAAAACAGUAUUAAUGGCACAAGGGGCGCCACCAACCGGCGGUUUCGCAAAACUAGUACAAGUGGUUAUGAAUUGACAGAGAUUUCAGUGACCCCAGCCACACCGAGCCCCUCCAGUGAAAAUUCACGAAGCAUCGAGGGACUAAAAGAGGAACUGAGGCAACAUGGUCAUUUCGAGAACAGAUUUAAGCAGACCAAUAUGAACAUCGUCACGAUUACGGGCGAUGAAAACUGUAAUUCCGAGUCUCAAAAGCUUUUGAUGAGUGCUAUUCGGGAGGAUGACGUCAAAUCCCGCGAGUCGCAGGAUGAUGACCAUGUAGUUUCCAAUACAGACGUCAUAGACGAGAUAUUUGUAGAGAAAGAAGUAAACCAAACUUCACCUGUAGGUGAUCCUUCGUUAGAGUAUGAACUUUGUAGUGCAUGUAAGACAAAAUUCAAGAAAGCUAAUGAGCCCUCCGCAGAUGGCAACGGCCUUCAGCCAAAAAAAGACAGUUCGUCUAAACCAAUACAUCUGACUCCGACACGUGGACAUGAACGCCCACAUUUGGCGAUCUGGGAGCGAAUGUCAUCCCUCGAUAGUGAAACGACAGACACGUGUAAUGAUAGCCUGAGUCUGAAUAAAUCCAGGGAGAGUGUGUUUUCUUUGCAAAUCGUAGAAGAAGGCGAUAUCCCACUUACCAUUUCAAGUCGAGAACCUAGGCGUAGCCCAGUGAGGAGAGAACUGCCACACAUCCAUGGACAGACAACCCACACUGACGCUGGGGUACAGACGACGGACAGUCUGUUGUCAUUGGACUUUUUGAACGAAUGCUUACUGAGAAGAAACAAGAACGUGACGCAGUCUUCCCUAUCUACCUGCAAAUGUGAACAAUCUAACUGUGCAUUUUCGUCCUACCAAAACCGCAAUGUUGUCGAGGAAAAACCACAUCAGUCGUUAGUCAUAGAUCACAACCAAACAUCGAUGGUUGCUAUGAGUCAAAAACUUUCCAAAUUACAAUAG